AUGGUGCCAGGCCCGCUCUCGGACCGCACACCGACCUGCCCCUCUCCACGCUCCACCCGCACUAGCAAAUUCGCACUCUUGGAGCAGGCCUCGGACUUUCCAUGCCUUCGCCCAUGCCCUACGCUGCCAGAGAAUCCUCGUGGGAAGAGGCCAGGGUGCCACAGGGCAGAAGAAAGGAGAGCAGAGCAGAGGAGCGUGAGUGCUAGCCGCAGUCACAGAUGUGACAAGGCUCCCCCACCCCCACACCGCAGGAGCCUCCUCCGCAUGGGCUGGUGGCUGUCCCAGCAUUCGAAAUUUUCCCUCGAAGAAUACGUCUUGUACUUAAAAGGAAGAGUGGUGGGAAACGGAGAGGCGGAGGAGAGGAGCGGGGUGAAGGGCGUGGAGGGCCGUCCCGCCCGGAGUCCGAGCCGCCGCAGGGCCCGCCGGCGCGAGGCCGCGAGCCCAGGAAUGUGCGGGGACGGCGCCCCGGAGAAGGGCAAGAGCUCGGGCCCCAGUGCCAGGAAGGGCAAGGGGCAGAUCGAGAAGAGAAAGCUGCGCGAGAAGCGUCGCUCCACCGGCGUGGUCAACAUCCCCGCGGCCGAGUGCUUAGAUGAAUAUGAAGACGAUGAAGCAGGGCAGAAAGAGCGGAAACGAGAAGAUGCAAUUACACAGCAGAACACGAUGCAGAAUGAAGCUGCCAGCUUAUUAGAUCCAGGCAGUUCCUAUCUGCUACAAGAGCCAUCUAGAACAGUUUCAGGCAAAUAUAAAAGCACAACUAUUGCCUCUGAAGAAGAUGUCUCAACUAGAUAUCCUCGAACAGAGAGAAGUGGGUUCAGCAGAUAUAAUAGGGAUGCAGGUACUUCAGGUAAUUUGGUCUCAAGUAGCAUGUUGGAAAAGAAAAUUGAAGAUCUUGAAAAGGAAGUAGUAAGAGAAAGGCAAGAAAACUUAAGACUUAUGAGACUAAUGCAAGAUAAAGAGGAAAUGAUCGGAAAACUCAAGGAAGAAAUUGAUUUGUUAAAUAGAGACCUAGAUGACAUAGAAGAUGAAAAUGAACAACUAAAGCAAGAAAAUAAAACUCUUUUGAAAGUUGUUGGUCAGCUAACAAGGUAGAAGAUUCAAGUCCCAGUGUGGAAAAAAUAUUUUAAAACUACUGAUUGAAUGUUAUGGUUAAUGCUAGGAUAAUAUUCCUGUGCUGCAAUAGAUUAAGUAUGUAUAUUUAUUUCUAGAAAACAGUGGAUGUUUAUUUUCAAAAUACUUUUUUUCAUUAUUUCAUAAAAGUAUCCACCCUCAAUUUCACAAUUAAGUAACAUCUUUCAGUUAAUAAAAUGGUAGGUUAUGCCUCUUUUGGUUUUGUGUGGUAUUCAAAUAAUAAAUGGUUUAAAGUCACAACCAUUUGAAUAUAUUUUAUCUAUGGUAGCGUGUUUUCUCCCCAAAGGAAUAUCCAUAGUCUUUGUUUACAUGAAUUCAAAUACUUUUGGGGAGUUACCCGCAAAUGCCUUAUUACUGGUGUGUGCAAACUUUUGUGUGUUGUUGAUUUACUCAUAAACGCUUUGUUUAUUGUCAUUUGUUCUUUCAAUAUUCUCUUAGAGUUAACAGUGUCAUACCAUUUUGUAUAACAGUCAUCUUUAAAAAGGAAAGCUAUUAUAAAAAGUCACAAUAUCAUGACUAGUUGGCUAAAGAGAAAAUGUGAGCAAAUACUUGAAUUGUGCUACAGUAAAUUAAAAUAUACAGUUUUGUAUCUGAAUACUGAAAAAAAAUUUUAAUCACUUCUGGGAAACACACGAUUGUAAUCUCAUUGUAAAACUUCUUGGGCAGGUCUUCCUUUUUUAUUGUUCCAAGGUUUAUAAGUGAACAUGAGAUAUUUAAAAAGUUGUUCAUUCAUUCAUUAGUCCUGGAGAGUGUGUACAAUUGCAAUGUAUAAAAAAGAAUAUGUAUUUUAAAUUAUCAUUUGCAUUAAAUAAUAAGCCAAUAUUUAGCCACAAAAACAUUUACACUUACAUUUACAAAACAGUACAUAAACAAAAACAGUACCAAAAUGCUUUCUUUAUUUCUGACUUGGAGAAUAACAUUGUGUUAUAGUGUUCUCAUGUGAAAGAAUUACUCCCCUGAUAAGGGGAAUUUUCCCUAAUUAAGGGAUUUUUAAAUUUUUCCCAAAAUUAGAUUUUUAAAAAUUUUGGAGAAUUAUACAAAUUUUGUAUUAAGUAAUAUUAAUAUUUAGAGUUGUUUUAUAUUAUAUUUUCAUGUUGAGUAAGGAAACCCUCUCUUUUAAAAUAUAUUAAGAAAUGUCUGUCUAAUAGUUGAAUUGUGAAUAGUAUACAGAUACCCUUUUGUCCAGUUAAACAUAGUAAAAUUCAUUCUGGGUACCCUGCUGACUCAUUUUCUUCACUUGCCAAGUUUUUUCAUUAUUGACUAUUAGAAAAAUAGGGAAGUGAAACAGUUGGACAAAAUGUAGAGUAAUUUUGAAUUUUAAAACUCCUUGUGGCUACCUAGAUUGGCUUCUCACUUCAGAAGUUUCAACCGUGGCGAAUCAUCAGGAUCACUUGCAUUGAUCACAAAGAAUUCUCUGGCUGUAAUUUCUAGCUAGAUUUAGGUUGAGAGCCUGGACAGAAUUUUUAAAGCUCAUCAUUUGGUGAUUCUGGUCAUAACCUAGGUUUGGAAAUAGCUGCUGUCCAUACCCUAUAUCUUCCACUGAGACCCUAGAAUUAACAUAUGUUAGCUACUAGCAUUUUGUUCCCUUUUAGUUUAUUUAAUAAUUUAUCUGGCUCCUGGGGAAGUUUUCAUAGGUCUAUAUAUACUUACCAAAAAAGGUCAAUGUCAGAUUACCAAACUUGAUACAGUUGCAGAAUUCUUGCAUAGGGACAUCAUUUUUGGAGAACAUUAUCCAGCCUGGGAACAGUGACCUGCUGCCCACAUGUAUGCCAGGCUCAGUUCCUGUCUUGGCUGUGAGGGGGACUCCUCUGCCUUCGGUUACCCUUAGAUAUGUGGCAGAAAUAUUGGUAUGAUUUAGUUUCUUAUCCAAGUUUUGGAUAUUGUGAAAAUGCUGUCAGUAUCACCUUAAAAUAUAUUAGUGUGCUGAUUUUUCAGUAAAGUAUUGAAAUUUCUAUUUAGUCUGUAUGUAAGUAAAGGAAUAUUUUAUGUCCCAUUUUAAACUUAAACCAGUUAUUGAUGUUUUUAAAGACUGAGCUAUUUAAAAAAAUUUCCUUUUCUUCAUUUUAUUGGGAAAUUUUCCGACAAUGACAUAUUACAUUAUGGUACCAAGUACAAAUACAGGAGUUCAACAGCUUAGGCAAAAUAAUUCACAUUCAGUCCUUCCUCUUGUCCUUAAAAUGUAUAUUUAUGUCACGCAUAGAUUUUUACACUGAAUAGUGAAAAAUUAAAUAGGAUCUGCUACUACUUACUUUUAACAUUUAUGAAAAGCAUUGAGAUUAAAAAAUUGAGAUUUUAAAAAAGGUAAAUUCAAAUACAUGCGCACCACUUUAGAAAACUUGGCUAUUGUCAUUAAAGUGCUAGUAUUUGUGAAAUUAUUAGUUCCAUUCAGAAAUUAUAUUUCUUCUAUUUCCUGGGAAUAUAUGGCAUAAUAAAGCAUAUUCAAAGUUUUAAUGUGUUUAUGAUAUUAUUUUCAAAACAGUUAAUUAACUAAAAUAAACAUGACUUAUCCCCCUGAUUUCUGACAUGCAUUAAGACUUACAAAGUAUUCUCCAUUUUAUUUUUCUAGAAUUGUCAUUAAUCUUACUGCAGUACAGUUGCAUUUAGAGGAGAAAAGGGUGGCAUUUUGUGUGUUUCUAAGGAAAUUUACUAAAUCUAGGGCUUAGCAUUGUCACACUGGGGACAAAUACAUGAAGCAAUGUAUUCUUUUUAAUUUAAAGUAACUUUUUAAUUGUGGUUAAAGCAAUAUAUUCUUAAGGUGAAAAACUUAAUCUCAGUUACAAGCCAGUUUAUGUUUUCACAAUUAAUCUGGAUUUUUAUAAUUAGAAACUAAGAUGUAACAUUUUGAGUCCACUAAUACUUUGCUGAAAACAAUACAAGUCCGUAUAAUAGACAUACCCAUAUGUUUAAUACUGUAAUACAAAAUAGGAAAGACACUGGGUUUGAUCAUUGAUCUGGUGUUCUAGACAAUACUCCUAUGUACAGUGAUAGUCUUCUUUUAUCUUUUUAUAGUUUUAUAAUAUUGAGUCAGUGCCUAGUAAGUUCCAUGCAGUAUUGGCACUUAUUUAAUAACUGUUCAUGGUUUUGUUAAUAGCCUGUUACAGGAUUCAGGCAUAUAUUUUCAUUUUGUAAUAUAAGAAACCAAAUACCAGCUUUUCAUUGGGAGCAGUAUUAAGUGAGAAAGAACUAGCAUUCAGGAAUCAGAACUUUAAAAUAACAUAUUAAAGUCAGUGCUAAACAUUCUUCUGUUGUAUCUGAACCAUUCCUAAUAUGUAACAGUAAACUUGACUUCCUUUGCUUUGGAACUGUGCUCACUCUCAAAAGGAAACGACAUCCCAUCAACCAGGAUUGUAAUUUGUGUUAUUUGUCUGAGAACUAGUGCCACUUUUGUUGUCCUACUAAACUGAAAGUGUAAGACCAAUAGACAACAAACGCCGUGCUCAUCUGGUGCCUUCCCUCCUUUUGUUAAAUUUCUCAUUAAUGUAUAGAAGUUGGUUGUUUCAUUCUCAGUAUUAAGACUUGAAAAACUAUACAAGAAAAUCUGAGCCCAUAUUGCUUUUGUUAUUUUACUUAGCUACACUCUCACUGCAUGUUAAAAUCAUAUCCCCAUUCUAAAAAGAAUUACAUGUAUGUGAGAGGAAUAUGGAUCAGGAAUAUAAAUACAUUAAAUUUUCAUAUCUGUUCUUUUAGUAAGUAUUUAUUAGUUUACUCAGUAUAUCAUUACAAUUAUAGAGGUUUUUAAUAAAGGGACAUGGACUAGCCCUUCCAUUUAGCAGUGUACAAUCUAUGUAGUAUGUGUCAAUAGCACAAAAUGCAGUCUUAAUUAGUAUUAGUUGGUCUGAUAUAAAUAGUUCAUUCAAAAGUAUAUUUUUUCAUAUUAAUUAUCUAGCCAUUGUCUUUUAGGUCUAUUUAAUAGUUACCAUUUAAUUUGCUGCUGCACGUACUUAAUGGUGGAGUGGAAGACCUGAUGCAUAUUGGGAAGUAUCUUACCAUAUUUCAUUUAGGUAAUUAUGCUUUAUGUAAAGAACAUUGUUAAGGAAUUUAUAGCAAUAAUGAAGUAGAAAGACUUCAGUAUGUUUCAGAUUCACCAACCUGUUAAUGGUAUUGUCUCUACAUUAUUGAUUAUUGGUUGUUUUAACAUAUUUACAUUAAUAAGCAGUCCACACACAGGUUACAUAUUGCUUUGGUAAUAAUAGAAUGUUAAUGAUGAUCAUUUGAUGGACACUUAUUAUGUGCCUGUUUUGUUUUGAAUCCCUCUCUGGAUACCUAAUAGAUGUAUAUUACUUUUUUUUGGUGAACUUGUUUCUUGAAAGAUCUGGCUAUUUUAUUCAGGGUUUUUAUUAAGUUUAAGUAUCAGAUGGCUGCUAUUAUCAGCAAAAACCAUAUGAAAAUUAAACUUUGUUUUGGUGAAAAAUCAGUUAAUUCAGGUAAUUAAACAUUUGAGGAAAACACCUGGAUAAUUUAUUGACCAUAUUAGUAUUGUGUAGGGGAACUUUAAUAAUGCCCAUUGCACAGGUUUUGUUAUGAGUAGUCAACGGUACAGAUUAAUUCUUAAUAUGCUUUGCAUGUAAAAUAACAAAUAAACGUUCAUUUAUUUUUCAA